GACACCAGAUUGUUUUGAAAAGGAAAAGGUAAAUUUUAAUCCCAUUUGUCAAAACAAACAAAAACACAAAAGCAAAACUAAAACAACAACAUUCAUGGAAACGGAUGACAUAGCCUACACUUCGAACCAAACUGUUUCGUCACAGGUGCCUGUCGUAAAGUCACCCGAUGAUAGCCUGAAAACGAAUAUGAUCGACCAUUUGGUGUUUGAAAAUCGAGCCUUUUUCCGGAGUCAACAAAUCAACGACCCGGACAUAACUGACACGGAACGCCGAACUAUUGCCGAGCAGUUGCUGCAGGAGAGCCACAAAAAAUUUCUGUUUCGCUUCGGUGCCCACAUCAAGGAAAAUCAUUUGCGCUAUUUCGAGAAUCAGUGUUACGGUGCCGAUGAUGAAUACGAAAUGAAAUAUCUGCUCAAAGACAUUCGAACGAAGCUAAAGAAUCGGGUACGAGAUGUGCGUAAUCGACGGUACAUGGCAAUGCAGAAAAUGCUUGAUACUACGACUUAUUUUAGCGAAAAGGAAAUGAUGUCGAGAGAACCCUUGCUGUACGAGCAAUUAAUUGGAAGGUACAUGACAGCUGGUGAGAGGCGGUUACGAGAUGGUGUCGACGAGGACGGUGAAUAUUCUGGCGUUCUUUUGGAGCGAAUAUCAAACGAUCAUGUGACCGAAUUGAAGGAAAAACAAGAGAACGACGAACAACGAUUUACCGAUUCAGAUUCAGAUGAUUCCGAUCAAGAAUCGGACAACUCUGCACUGUGCCAUAAAAAUGGUAUAAUCAACGAACAACUGUAUCCGCAAACGCCGGCCUCCUUUCGACAGCAUUGGGGCGAAUUUGAUGUGAAGGAUAGUGCAACCACCAAACCGGCCAACAACGGUACAACCACACGACCACUGCCGAAAGUUCUAAAACAGAACUACAUCACAGCCGAAGAAAAAGAUCUGCUGAAAGAAGAAUUCAUUGGGAUUAUGCACAGCAAGUUUCUUUCCGGUGAGGAUGCUGAAUUUGACUACGCCGAUGUCGAUGACAAUACCGACUACGAUCACAUUGAACUUCAAUCGCAGGAUCAAGAAGAUAAAUAUUUCGAUGCGGCGGAUGAUGAUAGUUCCAGCGGUAUCAUGCAAACGAAUGAGCCAGCAGAUGAUUCGAGUGAAGAUGAGCUCGACACAUACAUGAAACAAAUAUCCAGCUGAAUUUUUGUACAUUUUGUGAAAAAUAAAUUUCGUUUCUAUUCUAUUAAUA